UUUAUAAUCAAUUCAAUCUGUUAUGAUGCAAUCCAUUGAAAUUGAGAGAAUAAGAUUUAUAUCUAUUAUCAGUCUCUUAUAGAGUUCACUCCCAUGACUUUGAAUUCUCAUACACAUUGUGUUAUUUUUAAAUACUUAAAUGGCGAUUUCUCUUGCUGCAAGAUUCAGAGGAUGCUUGGUUGGUUCUUUGAUCGGUGAUUGUCUUGGUGCUCCAUUUGAAUUUAUUGAUCCCGUUUCAGAAAAAAAGCUGACAAAUUUUUUUACUGAUAUUUUUAAUGGAGAAACAGAUCGAAUUUAUCCAUAUACUGAUGAUACAGCAAUGGCAUUAUCAGUUACUAAGUCAAUAAUUGAAAAUAAGAGAGUCUGCCCUACUGACUUGGCUAAAAGAUUUGUAAAUGAGUAUUUUACUGACCCUCUAACACCUUCACGAUCAUAUGGUGCACAUGUUCAACGAGUGUUUAUGGUUUUAAAGGAGACAAACUUCGAAGAUGUCUUUCUUCCUGCUGCAAGGCAGUUCAAUGGAGACGGAUCUUAUGGUAAUGGAGCUGCUAUGAGAAUCGCUCCUGUUGCCUUAUUUGUUCAUGAUAAAGAUGAAGAUUCUAUAAAAAAUGCAGUAAAGCUAUGCUCUUUUAUUACUCACACUCAUCCUGAUGGCUUGAAUGGAGCAUUAUUACUAUGCUUUGCUAUACAUUUAGCUUUGAAAUUAGAUCCAUCUAAAGAACUUGAUCCUAUGAAGUUCAUUUCUGAACUUGAAGAAAAGAUGAAAAUUAUUGAGAAAAAGGGAAACACUCGUUACUGUGAUAGUUUAAAGAAAAUAAGAAAAUGUCUUGAGAGGCAAGAUGAUAUUACCCCUCAAGAAGUCGCUACUUAUUUAGGUAAUGACGAAAUAGCACUUAAAUCUGUUCCAACUGCAAUUUAUUCAUUUCUCAGAGCUCUGAAACCACUUCCAAAUUAUGAGAGCACAAAUCCAUUUGUUUGUACAAUCUACUUCGCAAUAUCAGUUGGGUUUGAUACUGAUACUAUUGCUACAAUGGCAGGAGCUAUUGCUGGUGCCUAUUAUGGGGAGGACAUGAUUCCAAAUAUUAUUAAGAGAAGAUGUGAUAAAAUAGAUGAGGUUGAGAAAUUAGCGGAUGAUCUACUGAAGGUUUCUCAAGCCUGAGUUGUUUUUGGUGAAUUUAUUACUGAAAGAGAAAGAGCAGAUACUUAAACUAUUAAGACAUUUACAUAUGUAUUUUUAUAUAAAUUUUGUUGUUAAAUAAAUUAUGAAACAAAUGUUUA